CAUGCUUCAGUCGUAAUGUUAAUUCUGUUUUGAUUGCAAAACUCAAUAAAUUUGAAAAUGUCGGUUCCAUUUAGUGGCACUCUUCGCCGUUCUGGAGGCAUUGUCUCGGCCAUUGGCAAGCAGCUGAAAAGCAUCAACCUAAAGGGCGUGAAGCGCAUCACAGUCCAAUUCGAUCCGUUUGCGGAAAAUGUCAAGUCCACCCGAGAAUUCUUCUUCUUGCUCUCCACACCCAAGGUGGUCCAGACAAAUCCCAAGUGCGUGGUCAAGUCGGAUAUUGUGUGUGACCGUCAGCCGGCUUCGAUAAAGUUUUCCCUGAUUGAUGCGGCACAAGAGCAAGCUCAAGUAAAGGAAAUCCGCUUCAAUAGCAGCAACCUGAACACCCUGGAGCUCCUGGAGCUUUGCAACAAGCACGUCUCCAGCCUGGCCCCACCCGAGGAAGUGACCAAUAAGGUUCUGACCAAGGCAGAGAAACAGAAGCUGGGCGGCGGCAGCAAGAAGGUGUUGAAGAAGAAGUAGACGUAGAAAUUGAAGGCUUUCAUCAUGGUAAAGAAGCACAAAGGCACCCUGGCUGUCAUCGAGCA